AUGGCUCACUCUCACGAAGGUGGCGCUAGCCACUCCCACGAAGAUCCUUUCAACGGUCAUGGUCACUCUCACGAUAUCCUGGAUGGCCCAGGCUCAUACGCCAACCGCGAGAUGCCGCUGAUCGAGGGCCGAGACUGGAAGGAUCGUGCCUUCACCAUCGGUAUUGGAGGACCCGUCGGCUCCGGUAAAACAGCUCUCAUGCUCGCCCUAUCCCGCGCCCUCCGCGACGAAUACAACAUUGCAGCCGUCACAAACGACAUCUUCACCCGCGAAGACGCCGAGUUCCUCACUCGCCACAAGGCCCUCGCCCCCAACCGCAUCCGCGCCAUCGAAACCGGCGGUUGUCCCCACGCCGCUGUCCGCGAGGACAUCAGCGCAAACCUGCUCGCCCUGCAGACCCUGCAGAAGCAGUUCUCCACCGAUUUGCUCCUGAUCGAGUCUGGCGGUGACAACCUCGCUGCCAACUACAGUCGCGAGCUGGCUGAUUUCAUCAUCUACGUUAUUGAUGUUGCUGGUGGUGACAAGGUGCCCCGGAAGGGUGGACCCGGUAUCACUGGUAGUGAUUUGUUGAUUGUGAAUAAGAUUGAUCUGGCGCAGGCUGUCGGUGCCGAUUUGAAGGUUAUGGAGCGCGAUGCGGCUAAGAUGCGCGAGGGUGGCCCGACUGUCUUUGCCGUUGUCAAGGAGGGCAAGGGCAUGGACCAUAUUAUUAACUUGAUUAUUAGCGCUUGGAAGGGCAGUGGUGCUUAUGAGCUUAGCCUGCAGCGCUGGAAGGAGGGUGCCCCGCGUGGUUCGGGCAGUAUUGAUGAGUAG